UCACGGAAUUGCUUCGCGCGAGUGUCGCCCGCCGUACGAUUUCGAAAAAUUUUCGGCGCUGCUCGAAUCAGUAGAAGAGGGUGAAUUUCCCAACCGGAUAAACGCGAGUUUAUCACGCGUGUGAAUAGAUUAACCUAGGCAGGGGUGUGCGAAUGAAUGUGGUGACAAAAAAUAUUCAUUUGUGUGAUUUUGCCGGGGAACAAAACUCGGCUCCAGGUGUACGAAUGUAGUAACUGCUCUUAUGGUGGGGUCGAUUGCCGUGGGUGGCAAACAGGAGGGUGCCCUAAUCGUGUUCUCGCUAGCGAUAUGCUUUUUGACGAUGUACCGUACGGAGCAGUUGUGAUGCUUUGUGGUGUUCAAGGUGAAGUGGCUGGGCGUAUGAAUUUAAUGAAUAAGGGAUAUUUCAUUGACUUCCGGUGCGAAGCGAGUUGCGGGUGAAAAGGGAGCGCUUUCUAUCGUGAGGUACGUGUUUAUUCAAAGUUUCAUCGAGGUGUAUUAUUUUAGCAAAUCUGAGUGGUGAAAAAGUGGAUAAUGUGAGGGAAUUCGAGAGGUGUAGAUUUCCAGGCAUUCUCGGGACUGUGCUAUGGAUGAAAAACAGAAGAAACCUUUCGGUCGCUAUCAACGGUUGAAGUUUUCCGAGAUAAUUUACAUGCUGUUGGAAUGAAUAAGUGAAAUGAAAUAAAAAUGGUAAUAUCAUCAGCAUAAACAGGCCAAAGUGUACUUGGAGUUUGCCGUCUCCUACCCUGCCGAGCGUGCCAGAGGGGGUUGUUAGAACGAAAUUGAAAACCGUUUCCUCGGUUCGCUUUCAUCAGGAUUCGGUAUUCUCCCUCUGGGAAUGCGAAGCAAAAAAAAAACAAGACCGGUGGUUCGUUCCAAAAUCUACGACUUCAAACCGAGGUAAUACCGUGAGAAUAUGUGAUUUGGGUCGACGUGGAUAGUAAAAACAUCGCUCCCACCCCCCCUUGACAGAGAGCCUUUUGCGAUAUUGGCCUCCGGAGUGAGAUAAAAUUUUACAAAGUUUUGGCACGGAAUUAAAAGUGUGACCUGUGCUCUGUCUUCAUCAGUGUUCGGAAUGCUACGAAUGAAUAUAUAAAGUGAGGCUGUGGAAGGUCAGAAGACGGUGAACCAUGUCCCAUUAGGAGCAUUUCACAGGAAAUAGAGCUUAACUUUCAACGUUCCGAAGCUUGCAUACACAUCUUGACGCGAGCAGAGAGAGAAAUGAUAAAUUGAGUUGUUGAUUACGAAGAAAGUGAUAUCGAUGCCCCCUCUGGGCUACAAGAGGCUGAAAGCUGGAAAUCAAGUUUACUAAGAAGGAAAUCCUAAUGAUGAUGAUGAUGAUGGUGAUGGUGAUGAAGACGAUAAUAGCGUGAUGUUAUCGAUCGUUUUUUUUUUUCUCGCAGUGUGAAUUGUUGCUGGUGUUUGUUGAAGAAGAAAGUUGCUAGAUGCCCAGAGGGCUUCCCACAGAAGAAAGCCGGUCCGGUUGCUCUGAGGGAAAAAACGGGGUGAGAAAGUUUCUGACUACACUACAAAGCACGCACCGGAACGGAACACGGAUCUUACUUUGUGCGCCUUCUUCCUUCGGAUUGCAGAGAAAUAAAUAAGGUUUUGGCUCUGCCAGUCAACGACGUCAUCGAUGCGGUGUGGUGCUGCUGAUGCUGGAUGCUGGAUGCUGGUGAAAAGAUAAGCAGUGCCGUGUUCGGUGACCAAUCGAAUCAACAAUCGUGCAGGAGCUAAAUCAAUCAGGGCCACACAUUUUCCAAGCCAUAUUUGAAUAUAAAUACAAAGCUAGUAGUGAUUUCGUAUCGCGUUAGAAGAGAAACGUUAGCAAGUUGUGUUUUGCGUGCAGUGUAUAUUUGAUCGUGAUUUAUACUGCGAUAUCUCAAUGGUCAGUGCACGCUCUGGUGUGGUGUCAAACUAAAACUUGGUCGUACGAUUUAAAGCACGCAAUUCGUUGGACGACGCCGACGACGAGCUGAAAAUAACAAGACCACUAUCUGAACCACAACCGCAAAUCUGUACCGGCCAAUUGCAUGACCCGUUCUACACGGUGCGGUCUGCCAUCACUCAGAUACCACCAAAGCGCGGUGCGGCGUCGAAGGCAUUCAUAAACAACCGCCCGGCAGUCUCGACCAAAAAUCCAUCGGACCGGAAUUGAAUUCCAGUACCGUUCAUGAAGCCCAGAACGACACCCACCCAAAUACCGAACAUGUGACAACACGGAGUCAUAUUUUCCCGCCCGGUCUCAUGUUGCAUAAAAAUUUCCGAACCACCAAAACCGAUGUAAGUUUGCGGACUGUGUAGUAUGCACAUGAAAUGUCCUUAUAAAAUAUGCACAGCCAUUGUGAAAUUUACAUCGAUUUGAUGAGGGUGGAAAAAAUCUAGCAGUGGCAUCCAAGUGAAGUGACUCGAGAGAAAAACUUUUUCAACCUGGAAAGCUAAACGUAAGUGCGUUUUUUUUUUUGGUGUCGUCCAAGCUCACAAUUCGGAACGGAUUUACGGAAUAAUUGAACCACGAACGUACACAUUCUAUUGGGUUCAUUUUCGAAGUGUGCCGAUAUAGCGUGGAAUUGAGUGAACCCACAGAAGUGAGCAGCAAAAAAAAUACUAAAUCGGAUAGUGUACAAAGAGCUGUGGUGCGGUUUUUUUUUCGAUUGACAAUUUGAAAUUGAACCGGGGAAAAAUUUGUGAACAAACGCGGAAAAAAUGAGUAUUGCUUCCGCCGUUGGAAUCGAUAAGAACAAUUUGGUCACGUGCCAUUUGUUAGGGCGAUAGAAAUCCCCUCCCCGCUUAUUCAUCGACUCAAUCCAAUCUUGCGAAGCACUUUGGUUAAACUACAACCAAAAAAAAAACAAAUCGUUUGUUAUAAUCGACAAAUCGUGCCAAGUGUUGCGGUAGGAACCAACGAACGCGGAAUCGAUUGGGAGGGUGAUGGCCGAUCCUCAUGUCGGGGACCGGUAAUGUUUCCCAACCGCAUCCACUCAGUGUACAAUGCGGGCCCACGAUGGGCCAACAAUCAUUAACGACCACCAGCACCACUGGCGGAACCAAGAGCAGGAGUUUAUACGAAGAAAACGGAAUUAUCGUCGUUUCUGCUGUCCUCGCAGCUGGCGGGCAUUCGUUUGGCUGUUGAUUGCGGCUGUGGUAGGAUUGGCAGUUCCGGCCGGUGCUGGACCGAGGUAUAGCUCACGGAUCGUCGAAACUAAGUCCGGUGCGAUUCGGGGUGUGAUUCUGGAGCUGAAUUCGAAGUAUCUGGAGCCGGUUGAGGUGUUUAAAGCAGUUCCAUACGCGGCUCCGCCAGUCGCAAGCCUACGGUUCGAGGCACCAAAAAAGCUACCUCCUUGGAAAGGAACCAAGCUGGCCGAUACGUUCGGGCCUGUUUGUCCGCAGAGCUUUCCGGACAUUAGCAAUCGUACGGUUGCGCUGCUUUCGAUGCCAAAGGGACGAUACCAGCACUUGAAGCGACUGCUGCCGCUGCUUGCCAAUCAGAGCGAGGAUUGUCUGACGCUCAACAUCUACGUUCCCGGAAGUGGAAGCCGCGGUCUCGAAGCCCCGUACUCCAUCUUCUUCUACAUCCACGGCGAAUCGUACGAGUGGGGCUCCGGCAAUCCAUACGACGGCUCCGUGCUGGCCAGCUACGGCCACGUGAUCGUAGUUACAGUCAAUUUUCGUUUAGGAAUUCUUGGUUUUCUCAAAACUCGUGCCUCUGCAUCACCGGGUGGUUCUGGUGGCAAUCUAGGUUUAAUGGACAUCAUUCUCGCGCUGCAAUGGGUGCGAGACAACAUCGCCGCGUUCGGCGGUGAUCCAAAGCGGAUCACCGUCGUCGGUCACGAUACCGGUGCGGCCCUGGCCAACAUGGUUCUGAUCUCCAAGGCGGGAAUAGGUCUGAUCCACCGAGCGGUUCUGCUCAGCGGAUCCGCUCUCAGUCCGUGGGCACUGAUGCCCGAUCCGGACGCCAUUCGGUUGGAAGUGUCUCAGCAGAUGGCGUGCCAUCUGCUAGUGGACCCACCAACGGGUAAACCCACCCGAAAACCUUCGACCGACGACAUCACCGACUGCCUGCGGGACAAACCACUGGAGGCCCUGAUGGGUGUAAGACUGACCGCCGUACGGUUCAUGCCUUCCUGGGGACCAUUUCUUCCGCUGGAGGACUCACUGGAUCCGGAGUUUGCCAUGGAACACUCCGGUGAGGGGUUCAUCACCAGCGAGCUGAUGCUCGGGAUGACGACCACCGAGAGCUACAACGACUUCAGUGCGUCCGACAUUCAGUACGGCCUGGAGGAAGAACAACGCAAUCGACUCCUACGGACGUACGUCCGUAAUGCGUUUACCUUCCAUCUGAACGAAAUCUUCUCGGCCGUCCGGAACGAGUACACCGACUGGGACAAACCGAUCCAGCAUCCAAUCAAUAUCAGGGACUCAACAAUGGAAGCGCUGAGCGAUGGUCACACGGUAGCACCGCUGAUCAAAGUGGCCUAUCUGCACGCCCGCCGGGGAGCCAAAACGUACAUGUUCCAUUUCGCUUACCAGACCAAGGAGACCGAAUAUCCACAGCGAUUGGGUAGCAUCCGUGGCGAGGAUCUACCGUACGUGUUGGGACUCACGUUGGUCCAAGGAGGUCCCUGGUUUUCGCAGAAUUUUACCCGUCAGGACAUGGGGGUGAACGAGGCGGUGCUGAACUUUGUGACCAACUUUUGCAAGACCGGCGACCCGAACGAGGCCGGCCACCAGGCGCCGCUGUUGCAUCCGGACUAUGGGACGGCCAAGGAGCGGACGCGCUUUCGCGGGAUAAUGUGGGAAACGUUCGAGACGACCACGCAGCAGUAUCUGAGCAUAUCAACCAAACCGAAGAUGCGUAGUCACUACCGGGGUCACAAGAUGGCGCUCUGGUUGAACCUGAUCCCGCAGCUGCAUCGCCCCGGAGACCAGGACGUUUCGAUGCGGCACCAUCACUUCCGUGAGCGGGAGCCCCACUUCUACGCUGGAUCUGUGCGAGCGGAGUUGUUCAGUCGGCCGCGAAUGUUCGGAGGCGGUGGCAAUAUCAACGAUGCGCAGGAAUCUCGACAGGAGUUAUUUGGGACCGAAUGCACCCCGGAUCCAACGAUGGGAGAGGUACUGCAGGAGGGAAACGUCGAAGGCGGCAUUCUAACCGAGGAGGAAGAGGAGGAACUGCUGGAGAAGCUGGCCAAUCGACAUUACUAUAGCUACACCGCCGCCUUAGGAGUGACAGUCGGUGUCGGUUGCCUGCUGCUGCUGCUAAAUAUGCUCAUCUUUGCCGGCAUCUACUAUCAACGAGAUCGGUCCCGUCGGCGGAAGUCCCAGACGAUGAGCAGCAGCAACAGCACCACCACCGGUAUCACCGUCGGCUCCGGAAGUGGAUCUCGCAAUAACAACGGAAACGCCAGUCCGGAUGAGGCAGAUAUCCCAUUGACGACGAUACCGAUACCGGCGAGUCCGUCGCCGAGCAAAGGGAAGCGAAGCCAUGAACCACCCCCGAGCUAUGCAACGCUUCCGAAGCGACAGGGUGGCGGCGGAGUGAAGGAUACCAACUUGACGACAGCCACCCUGGGACGGUCCGGAAGUUUCUCGCACAAACAACAGAACCACCAGCACUCGACCACGCUGACAAUAGCACCGAACGAGUCGUCCACCUGUAAUCAUCACCUUCAGUCGUGCAGUACCAACAGCUCUGGGACGGCCAUCCCGGAAGCAAUCCACCACCAUCAUUACUGUCAGACCCUGCCGAGAUCUUCGAAAUCGGCCCCACUGCCUCCGGUUCGAUCGUCCAGUAAUGCUUCCUCAUCUUCGCCGGUAUCUUGCGCCACGACCGAUGCCUCGGCGGCAAUGACGACGACGGCAUCCAUUUCACCGUCACCCACUCCGUCGGCCUCAACGGCGUCUACCCAAACGGGAGCCCCGUUGGCAUCGAUCCUUGUAAAUAGCAACAACCACAACAGCAGCAAUAACCACGGGCAUCAUCUUCACCACCAUGCUUGCGGUGGCCUGAAUAGUAACGUCAUCACGGUGGACUUGGUCAGCUCGACUAAUCCGAAAGUGGCAGGUCCCGGUAGCUCCUCCUAUAGUAGUAACAAUUUUAUCGGUAGCGGUAGUGGUAACAGUAGUUUAGGUAAUAGUGGUCACCAUCAUUAUCACCACUCGCAUAACUCGCAUGGUGGUAACCGGGGUGGUGGUGCAGUUGGGGGAGGUUCUAUCGUUGGAAUAAGCGGAGGGACCAUUGGCCAUGGUGGUAGCGGGAAUCUCACAGGAUCCAUGACCAAUGCUGGCCACCCGCAGAUGGCUCCCGGUAGUACUUCGACGCUGAAAAAACGUGUUCAGAUCCAGGAGGUGACCGUAUAGCACAGGUACAGCACAGCUGACGACGAUCAGGAAGCUGUGUGAAGACAUAAAUGAGCAACGGAAUACAUUUUGUACUGGAAGGAAAGUCCUCAGGCGAAUCGAUAAACGGAAGCGCGUCUCUGAAUCACUUAAAUUAAUUAAACUGAAACUCUAGAGCAAAGUGAAAGUAGCUCGAAUAUAACGACCAGCACAACAACCAUUCAAGCAUCAUGAUGGGAUUGAUUUUUACUUUCUGCAGGCCCACUCCCCCCCUGUCGCUCGCUGGGCAAGCAAAAUGGGACACCGCUUCUUUGAAGUUGACGUCAAUUCAUUCAUCGUUUCUAAAACGUGCUGGAUGUUGUAGCUUGAAGUGUAAACAAGCGCAGGGCUACAAUAUUGGAGUGAUUAGUAAAAGUAUUGGACUUCCGAGAGUUUAAAGUGCUUUUGCAACGAGGGGAUUAAUUAAAUGUUUCAUCUAAAUGGUUUAGAAAAGGGUGGUGCAGGCGGUGGUUGCGAUAAACCGUUCCUUUUGAGAAUGUGAGUAAUUAAUGCUGAGGUUGUACAAAAUAGAUUUCAAUUGCCUUCUUGACUUUUUGUGUUUUCGGAGAGGAUUAUCCGAUUGUUUUGAUUAAAACAAUUAAAGAGCUCUAAAGCUUGUUGAUUACCUUUUUGCUUUCAAUAAGUUGUUGAUCAGAACAAAGUUUAUUCAAUCGUGAAAUCAAAGCAGUACCGUUUAUCCACAAUCCACUUUGGCGCAAUGACGGUCCUGAAACAGAUUUUCAUUUAAACAAGUGUUUGUGUGCAAUUAUUUAGAAGGGAAGUGGUUUUUAGUGCAUCCAUCAAGGGGUAAUCAACUCUGCACACUGUGUCGAAACACAGUAUGGCGCACUGUUCGGCACGUAAAGGAACACGUUGACAAGUAUAACAAUCCGUCAAUACUAGAGAUGGGCCAUCAGAUCCGGAUUCGUUCAAAAUAUCCGGAUCAGCAGGAGUGAUCUGCAGUUCAUUAUUUAUAGGAAUCGGAUCAUCGGCCUUAUUCGCUGUUAUCAGUUCGGAAACAAAAAGGAUUUAGAAUGAAUGAUCAUUCAAUUAAUUCUACUCCGGAGAUUGCCAGAUCCGUGAAUGAACUUGAUACUUUGAAUGCUAAGCAGCCCCGAGUUCGGCUUUCUGGAAGAGGAAAUGAUGUGCCACAAAUAUUUUUAUGCAUCAUAUAUUUACAAUUUUUACCAUAUUAAUAGUAUAAAUGGAGAUUCUCCCUGUCUUGUCCUUUUUUCUUCCAUGGUUUGGUUUGGGUCCGCCUUCGCUAUCCGGGUUAGUUCAGUUAUGGAGGCCGUACUAAUAGCCCAAAAUCUUGGUAUAAGUGUCAUCGUCAUUCGUAGAUGAAUCAAAGAUCAGAAUCUACAUAUGCUUGUGAGGAUGCUUGCGUAGUGGUACUUGAACUCGUAAGCCUUGCUGCAAACAAAACAUGAUAUUUUCUACUGUGAUCGAAUUUGUUAGUUCCUUCAUGAAAUACUCGUUUGGCAUCGUUGAAACAAGAGGAAGGAAUGACACACGCUUGUUAUGU